CUUUAUUACUGUAGUACGGAUCGCCUUCCAAGCCAACAUAAAGUAACAGACCAGAACAAAGCCUCAACCCUCGACCAUGUCGGACGAUGAUACCUACGAAAUUCCGCUCCAAGACCAGCGUGUCUUCGGGGCCGGUAUCAAACGAAAACGAGUCAAGUUUGUACCGUCAACAAACAACUCUUCAACUGUAUCAGAGCCAACAACCAAGCUCCCUGCCACAUCUGUGAGCGACCUCUAUCUACGAUUAGUACUACCAGGUGACCAACGGACCAGCUCGAUCAUAUCUCAGGUUACUCAAGUCUGCGAGAUCUGCAAUUUACCACUGUCGUCUGGUUUACAAACUGCAUCUGAUGCUAACCCUUCUUCCUCUGACUACCCAGCAAGCUCACGACCCCAUGAAGCCUCAAACCGGAAAGGGCUGACAUAUCUCUCUGCUUAUGGAUGGGAUCCAGACUCUCGUCGUGGACUUGGUGCAGAGGGACAAGGCAUACAAUUCCCAAUCAAAUCAAAACCAAAAGACGAUAAGCUAGGAAUUGGCGUCGUGCUACCGAAAGAAGGAGACAGGAUGAAGAAAGUGAAGCCUGAGAAGCUUGACGCAGGAAAGGUCAGAAAGCUACAAGAGAAAGAUAAGAAAAAGGCCGAGAGAUUACGAGAAAUGUUCUAUCGAAACGACGAUGUCGAGAGGUAUUUGGGUGGCGGAUAA